AUGCCUGAGGAUGAAGUAAAUGGUAAGCUGAAUUUAUUGAAGAUGAUAACACUACUUUGUGUAUUACGAGCGGUGCUAGGGAACAUAAAUGAGCAUGGAUUGCUAAUGAAGAUACCAUUUUCAUCAAUAGAAUUGAAGGAAGUUGAAAUCAUGGUUGCAUUACUUCUGGGUACUGCUGUAACAUUCAGACUCCUCUUUCUGCUAACUGACCAUAAGAGACUCUUUGCAUUGAUAGGAGUCGCACACUUUUUGACCAUCACAUGUGUAACCUGUAAAACAAUCAAUAAUCCAAAAGCAGCAGCCACAAUUUACACCCUCACAAUUUGGUAUGGGCUCAAACUCGUUUCUAUUUUUAUGAAUAGGAAUAGAAUAAGCAACUCGAAAUUCAUUCGAUUUAUGUUUCAUCCAACACUGGUGUACAAGAACAGGUUCAGGUUGAAGAAAAGAGUCAACUUCACGGCUAUUGCAUGCAAGACAGUUCAAGGAGUGCUCUCUUUGCUGGUGCUUCUGAUUUUUAUAGACCAAUAUGGAAUGCCAACACUCUACAAACUGGUGGAAGCCAGAAGACCACUUGAAUUCGCCGUAUGCUACUCUGAUCUGGUAUUCUCGACCAUAACACUGUUCUACCUGUAUUUCCAGGCACUGUUUGUAUGCUUUCUGCAGGUAUGCGGAGAGUGCUCUCGAUUUGACGAGAAAAUCUACUUCGAAUGGUGGAAUUCAACAAGUAGCAGGGAGUUUUGGUCCAAGUGGAACAUGCCUGUUCACAUUUUCAUCAAAGAGCAGAUUUACAAGCCACUUCUGAACAGGAAUCACAGUAAGGCCACAAUAUUCUGCCUAUGUUUUCUAAUCAGCGGCAUUAUGCACGAAUACGUGCUAUCCAUGACCAUGCGACGUCCUUGUGGCCUCUUCUUCGCUGUGAUGAUCCUACAACUUCCAUUUCUGAUUGUGAGUGAUUUCGUACAGAAAUAUUCUCGAAACCUGGGCAACUAUUUCUUCUGGGUGAACUUUUCGAUAAUCGGCCAGCCCGUGGUGCUGAUUCUGAUUUUCAGGUCAGUUUACAACCAGUAG